UUUCAAAUUUUGCUUUCACUCCUCGAAAACCGCAACGCAUCCAAAACGGAGAGUUGAGAAAACUCAAACAAAAAGUGAAGUGACAUUAAAGUGUAUUUUUUAAAAAAAUUCAAAAGAUUUACAAAUUACUGCCACAAUAACUAGUGGAGAUUGGAUUAGAAAAUAAUAAAUAAAUUAAAAGACUUAAAACAAAAAUGAAACUCGUUCUAUCGACCUUGUUGUGCCUGAGCUUAAUGCUUAUAUCCUGCACAGCCAUACCUCAGCAUCGAAAUAUCAACAAUCAUCAACCACAUCCGAAUGCAAAUAAUAUUCCACUGGAUGAGAAGCCGGAUCCCCGACGUGAAACCUCCACCUGGAUUCCAAUCCUGAAAUACAACAAAGAACAAAGCGAAGAUGGCAGCUACAAGACCGAGUAUGAAACCGGCAAUAAUAUAAUACACGAAGAGACUGGAUUCCUAAAGGAUUUCUCGGAAAAUAAUCCCAAUGGCGUUUUGGUACAACACGGCCAGUAUUCCUACCAGUCACCCGAAGGUGAAACCAUCAAUGUCCAGUACACAGCCGAUGAACGUGGAUUCCGUGCCACCGGCGAUCAUAUACCCACACCUCCGGCCAUUCCCGAGGAGAUUCAAAAAGGCUUAGAUCAAAUCUAUGCCGGCAUUAAACAGCAACAAGAACGUUUGGAGCAGAGAGCCAAAAGUGAUCCCGAAUUUGCCAAGAAAUUAGAGAAUGUACGUUUGGCCAAUCAAAACGGCCAAUAUGUGGGUCCCUUGGAGAAUCCUUAAAGUGGGAGAUCACUACUACCUUAAUGUCAUGGCACAUAUAUUAACAUUAACCCCCCGCCCUAUUUAUAACCUCUAGACUACCACAAAUGAUAAUUUUAACUGAAACACAAACAUCAACAACACAAAUUUUGCAAACUAAUUAACCACCCCCCUUCCAUUCAAACGAAAAAUAAAAACUAAGACUGUGAUUUGUUUUAAGUUCGGUGUUGUAAGCAUGUGGCUCCAAUUAUCUUUGAUAUCCGUUUCUGUUUCAUUCCUCUUUUUUCUGCAUUCAAUUUGAAAUUGUCUUUUGUUCACCUUGGCAAUCGACGUUGCUUGCGAAUUGUGUGUGCGUGUGUGAAAAUAUUUAUUUUUCCAUUUCUCGAAAAUUUCCAUCCUAACAACUGACUAAUCAUCCAACAAACAUUUUUUUUAACAAUGAGACACUAUUUUAUUUUUAUUUCAACAAUAACAGCAACAACAACAGAAAUUAAUGUACAAAUAAUUUGAAAUAAUUAAAAAAGAAAAUACUCA